GUUUGUUCCGAGAAAUGAGCAUUCGGAUAUCACUUAUUACAUUCGCAGUUAUUUUACAAAUUCUAUCGGUCUGGACUCUCAUCCGAAUUGGAUCUAUUUGCCAAAAAAACAUUGCGGAUCCGGCAGACCGAUGCAUAAAAUAGUUGGAGGAAGGGAGGCAGCCCUAGGUCAGUUCCCUUGGAUGGUAAGGUUGGGAUACCAGAACAAUCCGUUCAAGAGCGAACUGAAAUUUUUGUGCGGCGGCUCACUGAUAAGCAGAUACUAUGUGUUGACAGCCGCCCAUUGCGUAGAUAAAUGGUACACUUUUAUUUUGGCGGUGGCGAGGCUAGGAGAACACUUGGUAUACCGCGACCCAGAUUGCGAAGGCAAGGUGUGCGCUCCGAGGGUGCAGGACAUACCGUUCUCGAGGUUCCAGAAAUACGAAAUGUAUAAUUACGACGGGAAUUCCGAGGGUGACAUAACUCUUUUGCAACUCAGAACUCCGGCUCGCUUAAAUGAUUUCGUAAAACCAAUUUGUUUGCCGCGCGGCGACAUCAUGGAAAAUCAGCAGAAUUACUUAGGAGCAGGAUCGGACGUAAUAGUAGCUGGAUGGGGAGCGACGGACUCUUCCAACCGGCAACAAGCUAGGAAAUUGCAGUUUACGAACAUACCGGUUGUAGAUUUGGACGAGUGUAGGGCAGUGUAUACGAGAGAAGUGGACGAGUCUCAAAUUUGUGCAGGAGGUACGGAUGGGCGUGAUUCGUGUUCCGGUGACUCCGGUGGACCCAUAGUUCAACUCAUCUCGCUAAAUGGAACUCUGCAGUACUUCGUUUUGGGCGUGGUGUCUUAUGGGAAAUCGCUGUGCGGCUCUACGGUCGCUGUCUACACGAACGUAGCAUUUUUCAUGGAAUGGAUUUUAGAUAACAUCUACAAGUGA